UAAAGCUCUCUCAGAAUGUUGAAGUUUUCAUUUUUCAUACUUACAUUAACCGUUGUUCUAACAUGGACAACUGGUCAGACAAAUAUUAACGACUCAAGCUCUGGAAAUGUAUCCUUAAUUUAUUCAAAUACAUUAAAUUAUUUGAAUAGUACCACCAACUCAAGUAAUGAAAAUGGAAACCAAGGUAGUAGCUCGGGUUUACAAAAUUUGUUCAAUAACAUAAGUAAUUGGUCUGGCGGUUUUAAUGGCAGCAUAGCCUUCCAAAUCAGUCCUCGAGCAGUAACUGCUACACAGUAUUCAGUGGGAGCCUUUGCUAAAGUGAACUGGUUUACUGCCCAGAGAAUAUGCAACUAUUAUGGUUUGACAUUGGCAACCGCAGCUACUGCUGCCGAGUCUAAAAAAUUGAGAAAUCUUAUACGAAGUGAAGAUUACUUUAGUUCUAGUGAGCCAGUGUGGAUAGGAGCUACUAAAACGCCGGAUAAUGGUCAAGCUUGGUCUUGGUAUGGAACUGGUAAUCCUGCUUUGGUUACAGACUGGGCACCUAAACAACCAGAUGGCCGCACAGAUUAUUGUGUUCAAGCACGCAAAGACGGUUGGGACGACAAAGAUUGUAAAACUCAAUCGUAUUUUGUUUGCCAAACACGUGCAUGUUAAAUAA